AUGAAUUACCAGAUUGAGGAGAUCGCUUCUCUCCAAGCCGAUGGGUCAGAAGAGGCACGAAAAACCCAACGUAGUUUGGAGAUCAAAUCGAGACAAAAUUACCAAGACGCAUGCGCAAGAUGUCUUCGAUCAUUGUCAUUCUCCGAAAUGGGAGCAAGAGAAGCCAGCAUUGAGCAGCCCUUACGAGACACUUGUCAAUGGAUAUAUUCUACGGCUGCCUAUUGCUCGUGGGACGCAAAAACCACCAACCUCCUGUGGAUCAAAGGUAAUCCAGGGUCAGGAAAGAGCACGUUGAUGAAAGGUCUUCGCGCUCGGCGAUCGCAAGCGGCCAGCGCUAGUUCCACUCUGUUCUUGCAGUUCUUCUUCAACGCUCGUGGUGCGAUUUUCGAAAAGACGCCAACCGGGCUGUACUUAGCCUUGAUGUACAGCUUACUGCUCCAGAGUCCUAUUCUUAAAUGCGAGUUUCUCCCAAGGUUCUUAGAAAAGGAGUUUUACAGUGAUACUAGCAAAGUCGCUUGGCGGACAGCAGAAAUCGAAUCAAUAUUUCACUCCAUGAUCACCCAGAAGCAAUCACACGGCAUUGAGAUCUUAAUUGACGCCUUGGACGAGUGCAAAGAAGAUGAGGUCCGAGCCAUAAUCCGCAAAUUCGAAAGAUCGAUUGAUAAUGCAAGGCAGUCAUGUGCACCUCUCAGCGUCUGCUGGAGCAGUCGACAUUAUCCCACGAUCAGUAUGUUAUCAACGCAUGGUGUUGAAGUGAGCAUGGAGCAAUAUAACGGCUCGGACAUCAAACACUUUGUUAAAUGUGAGCUGCCAGCACGCUUGGAUCCUCUUUUGCUCUCAAUCCAAGACGAAAUAAUAUCGAGAGCCAAUGGCGUGUUCCUGUGGGCCGUUCUGGUCAGCAGAAAGAUGCUCAAAACCAUCGAUCAAGGCAAAAAUAAGCGACAACUGCGAGAGCUGCUUGAGUCGAUUCCUGUCGAAUUAGACGAUCUGUUUGAUGAAAUAUUUAGAAAGAUAGGGUCUGCGACGCAAGGACACAAAGAGCUUGCGCUCGCAUGCUUUCGGACCCUUGUGGCGGCUGGCUCCGAUCCGGCUCGAGCACAGGAACAAUAUUUACCUUCAUGGGACGGUGGAUUGUUGGAAAUACUGCACAGCUCCUGGGAACCCUCUGUGGAUUUAUACCAUCCCUCUUACAUGAUGGAAUACGCAUUCAAGCACUUCAAAUGCGUCGGAUACCCGCCGUCUAUUGAUUUUAAAGAAUCCUCACGUCUAUUCUUAACAGAACUAUGCCAACGCGCAACGAUCAACUACAUGAAGAUGUGCUUGAAUUGCCCGGCCGGAUCGUUCCGUGAGUUCAAUGAUACCAUCCUGAUCAUUGCAGCAAACCCGAGCGUCUUCGGUAUCACCACGGCCGACUUGACUGGCCUGGUCACUAUCAUUUGCAACCUGUCGGUGUCCUCACUAAUCUUGGAGAGAAACUGGGGGAUUAUCCUGUCGAAAUGGACAUAUGACAACACGCAUCACGGAGCUCCCAGGACAAGGCUUGAUUUCGUUACAGUUUUCUGCCUAGUGCCUGGCAAAGAUCCUGCCUCUGAGGCUGGGGUUUUGGUGAACGGUUAUUUUAGACCGCUUAAGACUCGGACGAUGAUCGACCAAGCGUUGCAAAAGCUCGGCGCUUUAGGCGUUUCCCGUGUGAUUGCCGUGCAGUGGUCUCUGUGGACAGAAGACCCCCGACAAUUUCUUCAGCGCUUCACGGGAGAAGACUGCAGCCGCCCGCCCCAGCAGACCAGCCACUGGGAGAUCUUGGAAACAUUGAUUGGUUGCCCGAGCACAAAAUUCUGUGGCAAACAUUGGAGCAGGACGCUUUCUAUAGAUUUCGCCGUUGCCAGCAGUUUUGUAUCCUGUUCCAAUUAG